ACUCCCCACACUCCGCUCCAAGCGGGGCUUGGUGCCCUGCUCUUAAGCUAAGCUAGAGUUAGUUGAAAUUUAUACCUGAAUACAUCAAGUGAAGUGAAAAUACUCUCUGCGUGUCAAAGAAUUUACUGGGAGGAAAAAAGGAAAAAGAAAAAGUUCACCUAGCUGCCAUCAACCAGAAGGAAGUUCGACCCCCCUACACAAACAUUUGGUCCUUCGAGCCGGAUUCUAAGAUCCUCUCGAACCACUAGCAUCGGUGGAAUUUCAUCCAUAUUUCAAGCUAACUUCCUGAUAUUCGUCAACCUAGAUCCCGUUUCCAUGGCUCCGAGACCGCGUUCAGUACAGGCAUCGAAAGAGGAGCGCAGAUGUUCGCGAGGAACUGAGUCCUUCCGUUGCCGAGUCUGUCGCGGAAUCCAUCCUCUGAAGCGAUGCCGUCGCUUCCUGCGGCUGAACGUGGAGAAGAGGAUGAGGGCAGUGCUGGCGAAUAAGUACUGCGCCAAUUGCCUGGCCCACCAACAUUCCGGAGGAAGCUGCUUAAGCGGUGAUAAGUGCCGAAUCUGUGAGGAGGAUCACCACACGCUGCUUCACUUCCAUGAACAGCCACGUCGACGCACUCCAAGCUCCGUCGUACGCCGAGUCACCCCCGAGUCCUCCAGACGAAGGGUCGCGCCAACGCCAGCCUCCGAUCCGAAACUGACCUUGACCACACUGCUGCAGCACCGCAAUCCGCAUCUGAUGCCCACGGCGAUGGUGCGUAUUGAGACGGAGGGAAAAACCUUCGACGUGAAGGCCCUGGUGGACCCUUGUUCUGCGGUAUCGUCGAUGGCGACGUCAUUGGCCACGGCCUUCAAGUUGACAGCCGUCAAUAUAGGGGCAGAGAAAGCGGUGGCAGCAGUGAUCCGGUCCCCAAUCAGUGAAGGAUGGCGAUUGGAGGCGAUCCUAAAGGUGGUCGAUGGCUUGUGCUGCCGCACUCCAAGCGCUCCGGUGGACCCACAGAUCGCCAAAAAGUUUGAGGGCAUCGUCCUGGCGGAUGAGACGUUCUACCGACCGUCGUCAGUGUCUCUGGUCCUGGGCGCGGAUGUGAUCACGGAGGUCAUGCUAGAAGGGAGUCUACCUGGGGUUGGCGGGCGGCCGAUUGCGAUGCGCACAGUUUUUGGCUGGACCCUGUCCGGAGCGUGCCAUUAAACUGCCUGGGUCUUGCACUCCUGCAAGGGGGGGAGCAUGUUUAUGCCCAACCGGGCAACACAAGGGUUAAAGG